UUGCACAUCCAAAAAGACAAAAGAUACAGUCCGAAGCCUUGGUUUUUAAAAAGCUUUAAAAGAUGACUUUCCUCAAGUGCCUUCUCUCGCUUAAGAACGAACUCAUCCUCUUCUUGGCUCCACUUCUCCUCCUGCCAUUGCCUUUGGUGAUCGGGACGUCGCAAGCAGAAUGUGCCUAUGUGAUCAUUCUGAUGGCGGUGUACUGGUGCACCGAAGUCCUGCCGCUGGCUGUGACGGCUCUGCUCCCAGCACUCCUUUUCCCGUUGUUUGGUAUCAUGGAAUCCCAGAGUGUGUGCAUGCAGUACCUGAAGGACACAAACUUGUUGUUUGUGGGGGGUCUGAUGGUGGCCGUCGCCGUUGAGCACUGGAACCUGCACAAGCGUAUCGCUUUGAGGGUUCUUCUGCUAGUUGGUGUGCGUCCGGCACUGCUCAUGUUGGGUUUUAUGAGCGUGACGGCCUUCUUGUCCAUGUGGAUCAGUAACACAGCCACCACAGCCAUGAUGGUGCCUAUUGUUCAAGCAGUGCUGGAGGAGCUCAACAACAGCGAGGCGCAGAUACCUCAGAUCCUGAGCUCGGAGGAAAACCAGAUAUCUGAUGUGGAUGGCAAGCAGGCUCCACAUUCGGAGAAACAGUCUGAUUCAACAGGCCCUGUGGUGGUGACUUUCUUGGAUGCUUCUGUGGAGGUGAGCAGGCAUAAGGAGGCAGCGGAAAGACUGAAAAUGUGCAAAGGAAUGACACUGUGCGUCUGCUACGCUGCUAGCAUCGGCGGCACCGCCACGCUGACUGGGACUGGUCCCAAUCUGGUGUUGAAGGGCCAAAUGAGCCAACUCUUCCCUGAAAAUGGUGACGUGAUUAAUUUCGCCUCCUGGUUUGGAUUCGCCUUCCCGAACAUGAUCCUCAUGCUCACACUGGCUUGGUUGUGGUUGCAGUUUGUCUUCGUUGGAUUCAACUUUAGAAAAACAUGGGGCUGCGGUGCUGUGAAGACAGAGAAGGAGAUUGCCGCCUACAAUGUGAUCCGAGAGCAGCAUCGUCUUCUGGGGCCCAUGUCAUUUGGAGAGAUCAGCGUCCUGGGUCUCUUCAUUCUGUUGGUGGUCUUGUGGUUCACACGGGAUCCAGGUUUUGUGCAUGGCUGGGCAACAGACAUCUUUAACUCCAAAGCAGAGUAUGUUACGGAUGCUACUGUGGCGAUCUUCAUUGCUGUUCUUCUAUUUGUUCUUCCAUCUAAACCUCCUCGUCUCUGUUCAUGGAGGAGACAACGUUUUGACACAGUGUCCCAUCAAACUUCAACCUCAAUCCCUCGUCUGCUAAGCUGGAAAGUUGCCCAAAAGAAGUUACCAUGGGGAAUUGUGCUUCUUCUUGGAGGAGGUUUUGCUCUCGCCAAAGGGAGUGAGGUUUCGGGACUCUCCAGGUGGAUGGGAGAUCAAAUGACCCCCCUACAGAGCAUCCCUCCUUGGGCGAUUGCUAUCAUCUUAUGCCUCCUGAUUGCGAUCUUCACGGAAUGCACCAGCAAUGUGGCCACUGCAACGCUCUUCCUACCCAUCUUAGCCUCAAUGUCGCAGUCCAUUGGAAUGAACCCCCUGUACGUCAUGGUGCCUUGUACUCUGAGUGCCUCCUUUGCCUUCAUGCUGCCCGUCGCCACACCUCCCAACGCCAUUGUCUUCUCUUAUGGAUACCUCAAGGUUUCAGACAUGGCCAGGACGGGAAUAGUCAUGAACAUCAUCGGUAUACUUUGCAUCACUCUCGCCAUCAACACAUGGGGCCGGGCCAUGUUUCACCUGGACUCCCUCCCCACAUGGGCCAAUGUCACCGGACCAUGAGGCUGUUCUGGUUCCCCUACUUCAAAAAAGAUCUCCGAGCAGAACCACGACAUGGUCGAACAUGGUCUGCAGUGCUGACACACCAAGACUACAACCGUGUGUUUUUUUUUUACUCACACCAGAGUCAAGCUUAGGAGAUAAAGUGGUGAUGAGAUCAGAUCAGAAGAGGGAAAUGACCUAAUUGCUAUUAACAAAACCAAAAAUAAGAUAAACAUUACAGUAUGAAAGAAAUUAACAGUAAUAGCCUGCUCUUACAUUGCCUGCUGAAGACGUCUUUAACAGCAAUAAUAGUGCUAGAGGCAUUUAUCUGAGCAUGAGAGGAUGAGUUCUAUGAAAAGAUACAUAUCAACGAGAUGUUAAAUGCUGCAUUGAUGUUAAUAUUUAAGUAAUAAUAAUACACUAAUACAUUUACAUAUAAAAUCAAAAAUGUUCCUCAGGCUCAACAUGUGUUUGUUUACUACAAAUGAAUAAAAAAGCUCCCCAGUUAAUUCUACACUACUAAUAAUGAAAAUGUGCAACUCCACCGAAUGAAAUAUAUGAUGAUUAUAUGGCAAAUGUUGCGUAUAGACUGAUAUAUUGUGAAUACGACAAAUAAAUAAACCACUCAUGUAACUAAUUUGGUGCUUCCAGCAUCAUUUGAGCUUUGAUGAUAUGGUUAAAACUAAAGACAUCUGCACAUGACUGGAAACACAUGCUGGAAAAAGCCUGUUAAAAUGAAUUAAAUCAAUGCUGUAUGAGACAUUAUGAGUCACACAAUGCAAUGAAAUCUGUCUAGAGUGCUGUAUUUUUUAACAGUUGUAUUUAUA